AUGUACGCCUCCUCCGCUAUCCGCGCCCGACUGGCCACCGUCGCUGCCCGUCGUGGCUUCUCCACCACUCGCGCCCAGCUCGGCAGCCCCUACCACUACGCUGAGGGCCCUCGCACCAACAUCCCCUUCAACCCCUUGACCAAGCACUUCUUCUGGCGCUACUGGGCUUUCAUGGUUACCGGAUUCGGUGCCCCCUUCGCCAUUGCCGUCUGGCAAACCUACAAGACUAAAUAA